GUAAUGGGUCGUUGACAAGUGGCAUAAUCGUAACACAGAAGGAUCCGAAAAUAUUCAACUUUACCUUAGUAAACUAAUAUAUAAUUUCAAAUAUUUAGAAGAAAACAACUAGUAAAUCCUUUUUCUCAAGUGCAUAAUAAUUGGAUUUAUUCAAUACUAGAAUUGAAAUUAAAGUUUCGCCAUUAAUUUAUUGCACCUCUUGGCACCCUGUGUGGGUUUUUUUUUAAUUUUAAUUUGUGGCAUUUAUGCAACGUUGCUACAAUAAUUUGAGAUUUUUGUCAAUAGAUAUACAUCUUCUAUUAAUACACAAAAUGUUUGAAGUCGAUCCCAUAUCUGCUGAUCACAAAGACGUAAUCCAUGAUGUCGCAUUUGAUUACUAUGGUCGACGAAUGGGGACUUGUUCAAGUGAUCAAACAGUAAAGAUAUGGGAUGAGGAUGAAUCCGGAAAGUUAACAGUUUCUAGUAGUUGGAAGGCGCAUUCCGGUUCUAUUUGGCGUAUAUCAUGGGCACAUCCCGAAUUUGGACAAGUUUUAGCUACAUGCUCAUUUGACCGCACAGCUUCUGUAUGGGAAGAAGUUGCUGGUGAAAAAGUAGCGGCCACCAUGACACCAGCACGUCGUUGGGUGCGGCGAACAACUCUUGUAGACUCACGAACAAGUGUAACCGAUGUAGAGUUUGCUCCCAAGUACUUGGGACUUUUGUUAGCUACAGUAUCAGCUGAUGGCAUUAUUCGAAUAUACGAAGCUCCGGAUAUAAUGAACCUGUCACAGUGGCCUGUUCAGCAUGAAAUAACAUGUAAAUUGCCUUUAAGCUGUAUAUCCUGGAAUACUUCUACAUAUAAACUUUCAUCACAUCUUCUAGCUGCUGGUAGUGACGAUACAGCAAUGAAUACAGGUAGAGUAUUUAUAUUUGCUUACAAUGAAAGCGCAAGAAAGUGUGCUGAAGUAGAAACAAUAAGUGAAAUAAAUCAACCAGUAACUGAUUUGGCGUUUGCUCCUGCUGCCGGUCGGAGAUUUCAUAUUUUGGCUGUUGCUAGUAAGGAUUUAUACAUUGUAAACAUUCGUGGACAAAAUGAUUCUACUUCGAAUAUGAAACUUGAAAUCCAAACUACAAGGUUUAGUGAUCACAAUUGUCCCGUUUGGAGAGUGUGUUGGAACAUGCUGGGAACGAUGUUGAUUUCCACUGGUGAUGAUGGUUGCGUUCGUAUUUGGCGAUUGAAUUACAUAAGGAACUGGAAAUGCGCUGUUGUAUUAAAAGCGGAAGGAAGUUUAUCGUCAUACGAACCAAAUCUUAAUUCCCCGACUUUUACAACUGCUUCAGCUGCAACUGCGAAAUACUAUAAAAAAGGAACAAUUAGCAAUCCUAGCCAAGUUCCUUGGCAUUAACUUAAAUAUAUAAACAAUAUCUUUGUAUGUAUGCCUGACAACACUGAAAAUGUAUUCUAAAUAUUUUAUAGUGGUUUUUUUUAUCGAGUAGUUUAAAGUUAGUAUGUAGUAGUUUUAAUAAGGAAAAAAUGAAAUUAUUUGAUCAAAAUGGAAAAACUAAUGUUAAAAAUCCGUCUUCGUUAGUGGAAUGGUUGAUUUAAAGUUGUUAAAAUUCGGAUUGAAUUGUAUCUAUUAUGAUGCUUAUAAAUACUUAUAUAUAUGUACAAUAUAUGUAUAUUCGAAAUUUAUUGUUUAAAUUUGUAUAUACGUAUGUAUUUUCAGCAAGCGAUAACUUCUAUAUAAAAUUUGUAUGAGUAGAGAAUAAUGUAGUCGAAUAUAUAGAGAAUUCAGUGUGACGAGCAUAUCCCUGCGGACCACGUCGAAACAAGAAGUUUACAGUACUUUCCGCUUUAUUAACAGUACAGCAACUCGGUAAAUAGAGUUUAUUAUAAAUCUAACACAAAUAAACUUAUUGGUGUUUUUUCCGUUACUAGAA